ACUUUGAAUCAGAGGGUCAGAUCCAAUGGUUGAAGAGAGAGAAUCUGGAUCCGGGUCCCAGACAAAUACAGAGCGGGUUAUCCAUGUAACCAAUUCCCCUUGCGUGUCCUUUGGUUUACUUGACUCGGGCCGUCGGCGAGUGGCGACCUCUUCUUCCAGUAGUUGUUCAGUUUAACGAACCAGAGAAAGUCUUCUGUUUUUCAUCUCGGAAGCGUGGCUGUGGCGUGUCGACCACGGAGGGAAAACAACGGAAACGUCGGUUUUAGAGGGAAAAUAUCCAUGCAUAUUUUUCUUAUCUGUUCUUCGGAGAAGCAGAGUUCGAAUAGGGAACCUUGUCUCACGAUCCUGAAAUUUAGGAGAGCCUAUAUGGGAGCAUUGAGCCCGAAAUAUUUUUAGAGUUUGAGGUCGCGAUUUGUUCGAUUUGUUUCCUUUUAGGAUUUCAGUUCAAUGUGGAUAGGGGGAGAACUGGAUCAAGCUUCUUCUUCUCAAUUAUAUGGUGUUAAAUCAUUAUAGAAUUGAGGUUUCUAUGGCGGAGAAGGUAGAGUAGUUUCUGAGGAAUUUCAUCAUGGACAACUCAAGGGUUCCAAAGGAGUCUUUCGGUGCAGAUGGUGAUUCUAGAUUUCCUUCCUUUAAAAGUACGUCUUUUGGCUACAGAGCUUCAGAAAGCGAGUCUUUGCCAUCGUGGAGUGGAGAGAUUGGAUUUGGUGGAAGCGACCGGAGAUUCACCUUUGCUCGUCAAUCUUCAUUCCAUCAAUCUGCUGAAGCUCACACUCCAAUUUCUAUAAUUUCAAAUGGUUCCGUUCAGCCUCUGCUUUCUCGGAGUGUUUCCAGCAUCAAUAUCCCGCCAUCCGUUUACCCACAACUUGAGGAUGAUAAUAACUGGAAAAGAUACCAAAAGGCUUCUUAUAGAGAGGGAAAUGCUUCAUCCGAGAAAUUCUCUUUCCUUUUGUUUGUGGUUUCUGCGAUUAGGAUUAUAAGAUAUGGUAACCGCCCUAUGAAGCGACUGUUCAUGAUGAUCUCUCUCAACGUGGCUUAUUCUUCUGCUGAAUUAUUUAUAGGCCUUUUCUCUGGACGUGUAGGUUUGGUUUCUGAUGCAUUUCAUUUGACAUUUGGCUGUGGCCUCUUGACAUUUUCAUUGUUUGCAAUGGCUGCCUCCCUGAAGAAGCCUGAUAGUGUCUACACCUAUGGGUACAGAAGGCUAGAAGUUUUGUCUGCUUUUACCAAUGCUCUGUUUCUUUUGUUCAUGUCAUUCUCUUUAGCUGUGGAAGCACUCCAUGCAUUCAUACAAGAUGAAUCUGAGCACAAGCAUUAUUUAAUUAUCUCUGCGGUGACGAAUUUAUUGGUGAACCUGCUUGGCGUUUGGUUCUUCCGGAACUAUGCUCGUAUUAAUCUUGUUUACAGGAAAGCUGAAGACAUGAAUUACCACUCUGUAUGUUUACAUGUUCUUGCAGAUUCCAUCCGAAGUGCAGGUUUGAUCCUGGCAUCCUGGCUUUUGACCCUUGGGGUUAAGAAUGCUGAAGUAUUGUGCUUAGGACUGGUUUCAGCUGCAGUGUUUAUGCUUGUCAUGCCUCUAUUUAGAACAACUGGUGGAAUUUUACUCCAGAUGGCUCCGCCAAAAAUACCGUCUUCAGCUUUGAGCAAAUGCCGGAGACAAAUUUGCACCCUUGAAGAUGUAUUGGAAGUUUCCCAAGCUCGCUUUUGGGAAUUGGUGCCUGGUCAUGUUGUUGGUUCACUCUCAGUUCAGGUGAAGAAGGGAGUGGAUGAUCCCCCAAUACUUAGAUAUGUCCAUGGCUUGUACCAUGACUUGGGUGUGCAGGACUUGACAGUUCAAACUGAUUCUGUUUGAACAUGUUCUUCCUCUUCGUUCUUCCAGAUUCCUGGAUCUUGGGGUGGGAGAUAUAAAAAGCUCAUGAUUCAUACGAGCAACCUAGAUUUUGAUCACGUUGUCAACAAAAGCAAAUGCAUCAAUGGUAAAGAGGGGCUUUCAUAAAAUAAAAGAGAUGAAUGGCUUUGGGCAAUUAUAUUUAGAACAUUGUUGAAGAAUAUGGCUGAUGGUUUUGUUUGCCCUCUCUACAUUUGGUAUAGCGUUCAGUGAUCUCAAAUAUAAUCCACAAUUACCUCCAGUUUUCCGUGAAUGUUUAUGAUGUCUUAUAGAUUAACAAGAGUUCAUGUAUUAGUGAGACAUUGGAUCUCAUGCAAUAUGGCUCUGCAAGAUUUGAAGACUCAAGUAAAUCCAAGAACCCCUUUCAACUCA